UGCUUGGUGUACUUUUCCAAGCAGGGGCCAGGGCCAAGGAGUGAGGAGAGGACUUUUCCAGAGCAAGAGGGAGAGCUCGAAGAGGACAGAGGGGAGGAAUUGUGAAGGUCUCACAUGGACAUCAAAGAGACCAAAGGAUUGUAAAGUUGGGGUUUUUGUAACUGGCUGUUUUGACUGCUAGGUGUUUUCCCUUUGGAUUCCAAAAUGGAUUCGGGCGGAGGGCCAGCCCUGGCCUCGUUCAUCAUGAACGAAGAGGAACUGAAGAGGAAGCAGCGGGAGAAGCUGAAGAAACUGCAGGCCACUGGAGGUAACCCCCGGCCUGCUCGCUCGCUCUUCUUCUUCACGCUCAAAAACCCCUUCCGCAAAACCUGCAUUAACAUUGUGGAGUGGAAGCCCUUUGAGAUCAUCAUUCUACUCACUAUCUUUGCUAACUGUGUGGCUCUGGCUGUGUUUCUCCCAAUGCCAGAGGACGACACCAAUGCCACCAACUCCACACUGGAGAGCCUGGAGUAUGUAUUUUUGAUCAUUUUCACUCUGGAGUGCUUCCUGAAGAUAGUAGCGUAUGGGUUUUUAUUUCAUGAAGGCGCAUAUUUACGGAACUGUUGGAACAUACUGGACUUUGUCAUCGUGUUUAUGGGGCUCUUUACCCUGGCAGUUGACACCAUCAAUAAAAUAGCUGGAAUCCCUACAGAGAAAGGAGGAGGGUUUGAUAUGAAAGCUCUCCGAGCCUUUCGAGUCCUCCGACCACUUCGACUCGUCUCUGGAGUUCCCAGCUUGCAGGUGGUUAUGAACUCUGUUUUGAAAGCUAUACUACCUCUGUUCCACAUCGCUCUGCUCGUCUUCUUCUUGGUCACCCUUUAUGCUAUAAUGGGUUUGGAGCUGUUUAAAUGCAAGAUGCACAAGACUUGUUACUAUGAAGGAACAGAUAUUAUUGCCUUACGGGAGAAUGAAGUGGCAUCACCUUGUGCCCAGGCUGGAAAUGGACGCCGCUGCACCAUCAAUGGCACAGAAUGCAGGUCUGGAUGGCCAGGACCCAACUGGGGCAUCACCCAUUUUGAUAAUUUUGGCUUUGCCAUGCUCACAGUGUUCCAGUGUAUCACAAUGGAGAGCUGGACUAAUGUGCUUUACUGGGUUAAUGAUGCUAUUGGCAACGAAUGGCCAUGGGUCUAUUUUGUGUCUCUGAUUCUGCUCGGCUCUUUUUUUGUCCUCAACCUGGUUCUUGGCGUCCUCAGUGGAGAGUUUACUAAGGAGAGAGAGAAAUGUAGGUCCAGAGGGGAGUACCAGAAGUUACGAGAGCAAGAGCAAAUGGAUGAAGAUCUGAAAGGUUAUAUGGAAUGGAUUACACAUGCUGAAAUUCUGGAUGCUGAUCAGGAAGAAUUAGGUACUCAGAAUAUAUAUUUAUUUAAAACUAUAGGUGUUGAUUUUCCUCAGAUCUGGACUUCCAUGGCAUUACAUUCAUUUAUAUUUGUGUGUGUGCUCCCAGGCCUUCUUCCUCUAAAGGACAGUGGUUCAGAGACAGCCAGCCUUUAUCAAAUAGAGGGUUUAAACCGUGUAGUGUAUUAUUUUCGCCUUGCUUGUCGCUAUAAUCGUGUCUUACGGAGGAAGUGUACCAUCUGGGUGAAGUCCAAGGUGUUCUACUGGUUGGUGAUCCUGGUCGUGUUACUCAAUACUCUCGCUAUCGCCUCAGAACAUCACCCCCAGUCUGAAUGGAUGACCCAGUUUCAAGAUACUGUCAACAAAGUCCUGCUCACUUGUUUUGCAAUCGAGAUGGUCAUGAAGAUGUACGCGUUUGGCCUGCGAAUGUACUUCAUGUCGAUCUUUAACCGUUUUGACUGUUUCGUUGUUACUGUGGGCAUACUGGAGAUCAUCCUGGUUUCAGCAGACGUAAUGACAUCACUGGGCAUCUCUGUGAUGAGGUGUAUUCGACUCCUACGUCUGAUGAAGAUUACAAAGUACUGGACGUCACUAAGCAGCCUUGUGGCCUCUCUGAUAAACUCAAUUCGUUCCAUCGCCUCCCUACUCCUCCUGCUCUUCCUCUUCAUUGUUAUCUUCUCUCUCCUGGGCAUGCAAGUGUUUGGAGGCAAAUUCAACUUUGCUGACAGACCCUUGCAGCGCAGCAACUUUGACAACUUCCCACAGGCUCUCAUUAGUGUGUUCCAGGUCCUGACUGGGGAGGAAUGGGAUUCCAUCAUGUACAAUGGGAUUAUGGCGCAUGGUGGACCAACGUUCCCAGGAAUUCUUGUCUGCAUUUAUUUCAUCAUCCUGUAUGUCUGUGGGAACUUCAUCCUCUUGAAUGUGUUCUUGGCCAUUGCUGUUGAUAACCUGGGUGAAGCUGAAAGCCUUUCAUCAGCACAAAAAGAAAGAGAGGAGGAAAAAGCUAGAAAGAAGCUCAUGAGAGAGUACCUUUCACAGAAGGGCGAUGAAGAAAAAACUCUGGUGGUCAAGAGCAAACAUAAGGCUGAAGGCAUGCCUACGACAGCAAAGCUUAAAGUGGAUGAGUUUGAAUCAAACGUAAAGGAAGUGAAGGACCCAUUUCCUCCUGCUGAUUUUCCAGGUGAUGAUGAGGAGGAAGAGCCAGAGAUCCCGCUCAGUCCAAGGCCCAGACCUAUGGCUGAUCUUCAGCUUAAAGAGACGGUGGUUCCCAUGCCUGAUGCCAGCGCCUUCUUCAUCUUUGGCCCACAGAACAAGUUCCGUAAGCUGUGCCACAGGUUUAUCAAUGCAACCCCCUUCACCAACUUCAUCCUUCUUCUCAUCCUCCUCAGCAGCAUCUCUCUGGCUGCUGAAGAUCCCAUUGACCCCAAAUCCUUCAGAAACAAGAUCUUGGCUUAUGCUGAUAUUGUCUUCACAACGUUCUUCACCAUUGAGAUUGUCCUUAAGAUGACUGUGUAUGGUGCCUUCCUGCACAAAGGCUCCUUCUGCCGAAACUCCUUCAACAUUCUGGAUCUCAUUGUUGUUGUGGUUUCCCUCAUGUCUAUGGGGAUGGAGUCCAGCGCCAUCUCUGUGGUGAAGAUUCUCAGGGUGUUGAGAGUUCUGAGGCCAUUAAGGGCCAUCAAUAGAGCCAAAGGAUUAAAGCAUGUGGUCCAGUGUGUCUUUGUAGCCAUCAAAACCAUCGGCAAUAUCAUUCUGGUCACCAUGCUCUUAAACUUCAUGUUCGCUUGCAUUGGAGUCCAACUCUUCAAGGGCAAGUUCUACUCUUGUACAGAUCCACUGAAACUGACUGAAGUAGACUGUCAGGGAAAUUAUGUGCAUCAUGUGCAGAACACUCUGCACGACAUAGAGCUCCAUCAGCGGGAGUGGGUCAACAAUGACUUUAACUUUGAUAAUGUACUGAAUGCCAUGCUCACACUCUACACUGUCUCCACGUUUGAAGGCUGGCCAGAGUUGCUUUAUAGAGCUAUAGACUCAGAUGCAGAAGACAGGGGCCCGGUUUAUAACAACCGUGUGGACAUUUCCAUCUUCUUCAUCAUUUACAUUAUUAUCAUCGCUUUCUUUAUGAUGAACAUCUUUGUUGGCUUUGUCAUUGUCACUUUCCGUGAGCAGGGAGAGCAGGAGUACAAGGACUGUGAGCUGGACAAGAACCAGCGCCAAUGUGUACAGUAUGCGCUGAAAGCUCGGCCCCUCCGCUGCUACAUCCCUAAGAACCCUUGCCAGUACCAGUUCUGGUAUCUGGUGACCUCCUGCUACUUUGAGUACCUUAUGUUUUUCCUCAUCAUUCUCAACACAUUAUGUCUGGGAAUGCAGCACUGUCAUCAGUCAGACCACAUAACCAAACUGUCGGACAUCCUAAACGUCCUCUUCACAGUUCUUUUUACGAUUGAGAUGAUCGUCAAACUGAUUGCUUUCAAAGUAAAGGGUUACUUUGGAGACCCUUGGAACGUGUUUGAUUUCCUCAUUGUGGUCGGAAGCAUCGUGGAUGUCGUCCUCAGUCAGGUUGAUGCUGCUUUGGAGUCCAGUGGUGGACUGUACUGCCUCUACGGCUGUGCUGAAACAAACCCAAUGCAGGCCAUUGCUUAUGAAGAAAACGCUCGAGUCUCAAUCACCUUCUUCCGACUCUUCCGUGUCCUGCGUCUGAUAAAGCUACUUAACCGCUCUGAGGGCAUUCGCAACCUGCUGUGGACCUUCAUUAAGUCCUUCCAGGCUUUUCCUCAUAUAGCUCUUAUCAUAGUAAUGCUUUUCUUUAUCUAUGCGGUCAUAGGGAUGCAGGUAUUUGGUAAAAUUGCCCAAGUGGACGGCACUGAGAUCAACCGUAACAACCACUUCCAGACAUUCCCACAAGCCAUUCUGAUACUGUUCCGAUGUGUUACGGGAGAGGGUUGGCCAAAAGUCAUGCUGGCCUGUAUGUCUGGGAAGCUGUGCGAUCCGAAAUCAGACCAUGGCUCGGCUCCUGGAGAACAAUACAGUUGUGGAACUAACUUUGCCGUCUUUUACUUUCUGAGUUUCAACAUGUUGUGUGCCUUUUUGAUUAUCAAUUUGUUUGUGGCCAUCAUUAUGGACAACUUUGACUACCUGACCCGUGAUUGGUCGAUCCUCGGUCCACACCAUCUGGAUGAGUUCAAGAAGAUCUGGGCAGAAUAUGAUCCUGAGGCAACGGGACGAAUUAAACAUCUGGAUGUAGUAACUCUUUUACGAAGGAUCCAGCCACCACUGGGCUUUGGAAAAUUCUGCCCUCACCACUCAGCCUGCAAGCGAUUAAUUUCCAUGAACAUGCCCCUGAACAGUGAUGGAACAGUCACCUUCAAUGCCACAUUGUUUGCUUUAGUCAGAACGGCAUUGAAGAUUAAAACUGAAGGCAACUUUGAGCAGGCUAAUGAAGAAUUGAGAGCCAUUAUUAAAAGUAUCUGGAAACGGAUCAGUAUGAAGCUCUUGGACCAGGUCCUUCCACCUAUUGGAGAGGAUGAGGUCACUGUUGGGAAGUUCUAUGCCACCUUUCUGAUUCAGGAAUACUUCCGUAAGUUUAUACAGCGUCAGGAAGAGUACUAUGGUUACCGGCCUACCAAAAAAAGAGCAGCUGAGAUUCAGGCGGGUCUGCGCAGCAUUGAGGAGGAGGCUGCCCCCGAGCUCCACAGGGCCAUCUCUGGAGACCUUAUUGCUGAGGAUGAGAUGGAACGAGCCAUGGCAGGAGGAGAAGAGGGCAUCUACAGGAGAACUGGGGGUUUGUUUGGGACCAACACAGACCCCUUUUCAUCAGAGCCCAGUAGUCCUACAACAGCACAGACCAACCAACGCCCCCUGCAGUUCUCUGAGAGUCGCCUGGAGGAUGUGGAGUCUCCACCUGACUCUGUGUUCCUCCACAACAUUGAGUUCUUCCCUGCAAUGCCAACCAGAGCAAACAUCACCAAUAACAAUGCCAACUUUACGGACGAUUUUAUAUUUGAGAGAGAGUCACCAUUGGGUUUUGGCACCAGAGACCAAUCUUUUGAAGAUAUCAGAGAAGUCAGUCUGCAUCCCAGUAGAGUGUCAUCGUCUUGUGGAGAUGCUGAAGACAGACGACAGUCAGAUUUUACUGUGAGGACUGACGUCACUCAGUUCCCUUAUGAUCCUACAUAUGGCGAAAAAGAAUCUUCACCAGCAACUGAUGAGCUCAUCCAACAGGCACUAAGACAUAGUGGCCUUGAAACUCUGGCUGAGGACCCCAAGUUUGUUGCUGUGACUAAGAAGGAGAUGGCAGAAGCCAUGAAUAUCAGCCUGGUCGACAUGGAGGGAGCUGCUCAGGGCCUCCUGAAUGAAAAGGGUGGGAAAAUGGUGAAACGUAAAAGACGUCCCCCUCCAGUUCCACCCAGCGCCAAACCUGCCGAAUCAAAUGAGGCCACCACUGCAGUGUAGGCUGUUAUAAUCUAUCCACUUAUUUCAUAAUUGUCCUGAUGAGGAUACAUUGGCAUUUUACAAGCCUUAUCCUGAAAAUUCAAAUCCACUUGUUUCAUAACCUCACAUGUUCUUGAAACAAAAAUCAUUAAAUAUAUCUAACAGGCAAAGCAAACAACCAUGUGAGUGUAGCUUUGCCUAGGUGAGGUACGGCGUUGUAUUCAUUUGCUCCUUUAUUUAAAGAGUGGAUUUUUUUUAUUGGACACAGAAAAGAGUGAGUGAGAUUGACAGACAAUUUCUUAUUUAUUUCAUUACUUUGAGCAAGACGAGUUCACUCUUGAUUGCACCUGUUUCAAACCAGGGCUUCGUCUGAAGAUUUAACGUUUGAAACAUUUGAAUUCAGUCAUUAUUUCAGAGAAUAAUCUGCGAUAAGGAUAUUUCCCUGGUUCAGAAAUCAGCAGGGAUUAUGAAUGGUAAAAGGAUUUAGGUAAAGCGUUAUGACUGUAAAAAUAUACAGUACUAUACAAACGUCAUCUAUAAGAGAUUCUGUAACGUGAAGAUGCUUUCAAAAACUAAGAAAAUAUCAGGUUUUGAAAUCUAAAAAAAAUUAUGAACAGCAGAAAUCAAUUGUCAUUUUAUUUUAUUCUAUUCUAUUCAAAAUCAACAUUUCUUGCUUUUGCAUCAGUUAUCAUAUGCAGGUACAGUAAGAGUCCAUUUCUGUCCCCCAAGGUACAAUCUACUCUAAUGUACCCCCUAGGGCUCAUUAUUGGACUUCAGUGUAACUACGUGUACCUUUUCAGAGCCAAAAUGUGACAUGAAUGUUCCCAAGCAGUAAAUAAAGGGUACAAAUAAAUACCUUAGAGGGUACUGUCCCAGUGACAAACCAUUGUAAAAGCCUAAAUGUACAAUAAUGUGCUUUCUUUUCUGAGAGUGUACGGCACUUUGACACGGUUCUUCUUCAGGCCGUCUUUCACUUGCUUCUGUCUUUGCAAGUAAAAUCCGUGACAUUUUUUAUUUGCAAGGUCUUUUUCUUAAUGUGUUAUUUUCUUUAAUGACGUAUACAGUAUACAUUUGUCUGUAAUGUAUUAUUUUUGUAGAAAACGAAAGUUUCCCAUUGUAAUGCAUUACAUAUAAAAUCUAAAUUUGUAUUUUAAAAAGGUAAGACUUUUGUAUUAUACUGUAAGUUAAAAUACACUCAUCCAGCAGUAACAGGGAAGACAAAAUGAAAUGUUGACUUUACAUGCAAGUGCAUGCACAUCAUUUCAGUGAUGGUUCUACUGAUGUCAGAUGAUGUGUAUGAACGGCUGCUGGCUGUGGUAAUGAAUUUUGAAUAAUCACUGAAACUUUUAAUUUAUUUCAGGAAUAAAUCCAGUUGCUGCUGUAA